GCGGACGGCGCUAGGGGGCGUCAGCAGCGAUGGGCUGUCGGAGCAGCGAGGGUCGGGGAUAAUCAGUGCGCUCGGCCGACUCUCCGUCUGCCAUGCUGGGCAUCCCGGAGUAGCUCCGGUGAAGCAGAGGCUGUGGCUCGGGGAGCCGGCAGCCAGCAGCCAGCGCCCGGCCCGCGGACGCCAUGAGCUCGGCCGAGCAGACGGUGACCUGGCUCAUCAGCCUCGGGGUACUCGAGUCCCCCAAGAAGAGCGUGUCGGACCCCGAGGCCUUCCUGCGGGCCGUGCUCCGGGAUGGGGUGGCUCUCUGCCGGCUGCUGGAGCGGCUGGUGCCGGGCUCGGUGCAGCGGAUACACCAGGACCCCAAAUCAGAGGUGGAAUGUCUGAAUAACAUCAAAGAGUUUCUGAAAGCCUGCGGGGCGCUUCGAGUUGAGACUUUUGAUGCGAAUGAUCUUUAUCAAGGACAGAACUUCAACAAGAUUCUUAGCUCCCUGGUCACUUUGAAUAAAGUAACUGCAGAUAUUGGUGUUGGAAGUGACUCGGUAUGUACACGUCAUCAAUCCCAUCAAAUAAAGUCAGCUGAUUCUCUCGCUGGAGCCCACUUGUCCCUUGGAAGAACUUCCAAAAACUUUCCUGGAAAAUAUCGAAGUUUAGACAUGACUGAUAACAGCAACCAUCACAUGGUGGUAAAAGCAAAAUUCAACUUCUAUCAGACCAACGAGGAUGAACUCUGCUUUGCCAAGGGUGAUAUCAUCCAUGUUACCAGAAUUGAGGAAGGGGGCUGGUGGGAAGGAACACUCAACGGCAAAAACGGCUGGUUUCCCAGCAAUUAUGUGAGAGAAAUGAAGCUGAAUGAAAAAACAGUCUCUCCGAAGUCUGCAACUUUGAAAAGUUCACCUAAGGGAUUUGAAACUCCUCCAAUUAGUAAAGGUUACUACAAUGUGGUGCUGCAGAACAUUCUGGACACGGAGUGUGACUAUGCGGAGGAACUAACAAUGCUUUUGUCCACGUUCCUGCGACCUCUACAAGCCAGUGACAAGUUAAGUGCUGUUGAAGUGGCGUCCUUGAUAGGAAAUCUGGAGGAUAUUUGCUCAUUCCAACAGACUCUUGUUCAGUGUUUAGAAGAUUGCACCAGGUUACCCGAGUCACAACAGAAAGUCGGGGGCUGCUUUGCCAACCUAAUGUCACAGAUGAAAAGUCUGUACCUUGCAUAUUGUGCCAACCAUCCAUGGGCGGUGAACAUCCUCACAGAGUACAGUGAGGAGUUGGGGGAAUUUGUGGAAAUGAAAGGCGCAUCUAGUCCUGGGAUCCUCAUGCUUACCACCAGCCUCAGCAAACCGUUCAUGAGACUGGACAAAUAUCCAACUCUGCUGAAGGAACUGGAGCGUCACAUGGAGGAUUCCCACCCAGACUGGCCUGACAUCCAGAGAUCCAUGACUGCAUUCAAAAGCCUUUCGUCGCAGUGUCAAGAAAUCCGGAAGAGAAAGGAGUUGGAACUACAGAUCCUGACGGAAACAGUCCAUGGCUGGGAGGGUGAAGAUAUUCGAUCCCUUGGCAACGUCAUCUACAUGUCCCAGCUCAUGGUGCAGAGUGGCAAUGAGGAGAAGUGUGAGAGAUAUUUUCUCCUGUUUCCACACGUCCUUCUCAUGCUUUCUGCCAGUCCCAGGAUGAGUGGUUUCAUUUAUCAGGGGAAAUUGCCAUUAACAGGAUUAACCGUAACCAAGUUAGAGGACAGUGAUGAGAACAAGAAUGCCUUUGAAAUUACUGGAAGUAUGAUUGAACGGAUUUUGGUGUCGUGUUCAAGUCACCAGGAUAUGCAGGAGUGGGUCGACCAUCUGCACAAGCAGACUAAAGCACCAAGUGUCGGAGUUGUAAGGCAACAGUCCAUGCCAUGUCACACACUUCCGUUACAUCCCGUGACACCAAUCAACAAGCAUUCUGAUGGGUAUCCAAUAUCUGUGACUCCAUCCUACCACACCCUUCCUCAUCCUUCCCUGCAUGGGACAUCCCACAGCACCCUGAGCUGGGGACCUCUGGAACCCCCCAAGAUGCCAAAGCCAUGGAGUUUGAGCUGCCUCCGACCAGCAGCCCCACUAAAACCGUCGGCUGCUCUUUGUUACAAGGAGGACCUCAGUAGGAGCCCCAAAACCAUGAAGAAGCUGCUUCCCAAACGGAAACCAGAAAGGAAACCUUCUGAGGAGGAAUUUGCACUGAGGAGAAGCACAGCAGCUCUUGAAGAAGAUGCACAAAUAUUGAAAGUCAUUGAAGCUUACUGCACUAGUGCCAAAACCCGUCAAACUCUGAACUCAACAUGGCAGGGGACUGACUUGAUGCACAAUCACAUUCUGAGCGAUGAUGAUCUAUCAAGCUUGGACUCCUCAGCUCGUCGCAGCAGCCUCUCCCGCCUCGAACCCGCUGACCUUUCUGAAGACUCAGACUAUGACAGUAUAUGGCUGGCCCACAGUUACCGAGCAGGUUCAACAACUCCGUAUCGUAAAGAAUCUGCACCUCAGGUUUUCCUACCAGAAGAAGAGAAAAUGAUUGUAGAAGAAACCAACAGCAACGGGCAAAUGAUCAUCGAAGAAAAGACCCUUGUGGACACAGUUUAUGCGUUAAAGGAUGAGGUGCUUGAACUGAAGCAGGAAAGCAAGAAGAUGUGGUGUUCUUUGGAAGAGGAACAGCGAGCACGCAAGGAACUGGAGAAGCUCAUUAGAAAAGUUCUAAAGAAUAGGAAUGAUUUCUCAUGGGAUGAAACCAACUUAUAAUCCAUCUAUAACGCAUAGAACUGGUCAUAUGUACCUGGGAAUGGUCCUCUGUGGUAAUUAACAAUCAAGCACUUGACAUGUGUUCUUUUGUUACUGGCCUCUCCAGUAUUUUAGUGCUGACAUUGACUGGAGUAUUUUACUAAUUUAAACAUCUGAUAUGUUAGUAGACUUGGCAUUGCCUUGUUGAAGUUCAAGGCUUUGAAUCUUGCAGGAUGAACCAUUUGCCUAUGUGAUUCCAGGACAGAGGAGCGCAAAAGGUUAGCCUUUAUUUUGCCCAUUGGGGCUGCAACCUGCAUGGCGCCCAGACCUGGAACAAGAAUCUUGAGCUGAAACUAAUCUGCAGGAGUUCGGCCAUUGGGGUUAUAUCGGUAUCUUGAAGUCUGACCCCAAUUGAGAGUGGUGCAUUAUGCAAGAAUGGACAUUUCGCUGGAAUUUCAAAGCGUUCAGAUGUGGACUGGCACCAGGAUGUCUGUUUUGCUUUCCAUUUUCCUUUUCCAUUCUCUGCUUGAUAAUUGUGCAGACUUUGAUUGGAAAUUACUUCUGGUAUUUGGUGAAAUGGAAUUCAUAUAGGUCAACAUCAGCAGUUGACCUGUUAAGUCAUUUGGUACAUGUGUCCAGUGGACGGAUGUACAACCAUACUUCAUGUUUAAUUUUGGAGGUGCCUGGAUUGAUAUUCAUGCUUUCUCAUGGAAUGCUCUGGGAGGCGGCGUUCCCGACAGUGCGUUCAGGGAACACUCUCGGCACUCCCAACAAAUGAGGAUUUGUGAGGAGUGGUUUAUGUAAUAUAGUUUCUGUCUUUCAAGUUGUGUCGAGCCAUUCUCAAUGUGGUUCACGCUCAUAGAUUUACACGGUGCAAUAUUGUUUAAAAUAUCCCAUUGAUCAGCUGUUGUUGUAACUGGGUGAUAGUCGACACUAAGACCUAACUGGAAAAAUAAAGGUUGUUUUACAUUUU